GUUCGUUCAAAUUUACAGCGUUCGUCCAUACAGCUCUUAUUUUUGCGAACAGAAAUUUAUUAUUUGGUUUAUUUAAGUUCUUCGUAAUCGAGAAAAAUCAUUUUUGUCUAGUGGAUUUUUCCAAAUUGUACAUUGUGCAUAUGAAAGUGUUGGGAGUUGCUUAGUCUACGCUUAGUCUACGAACAACAGCACACUCAUACGAUACGAAAUGGGCGAUCUGGUCUAUCCUUCCGGCUGCAAGCCCAUUAGUGAAGAUCUGGGCCAUGAUGAACUUAUACGUCGUCUUAAGGCUCUCACACACAACCUGCAAACAAUGGCCCAACAGGAGGACAACACAUACCAGGCAUACAUACCACUUGCACUGCAUCUGGCCGACGACUAUUUCAUAAUGCAUCAAUCGCGUGAUGUUCAGCUACUGAUUGCCUGUUGCAUUGCGGACAUACUGCGAGUGUUUGCACCUGAUGCACCGUACAAGGAUCCCGAUCAAGUGAAAGCGAUCUUCAACUUUCUCAUACGACAGCUGAACGGGCUGAUGGACCCGAAGGAUCCGGCAUUCAAGCGAUACUUUUAUCUGCUGGAGAAUUUGGCGUACGUAAAGUCGUUCAACAUGUGCUUCGAGAUCGAGGACUCGCAUGAGAUUUUCUGCAAUCUGUUCAGUUUGAUGUUUAAGAUUGUGAAUGACGAACACAGUGGCAAAGUGAAAUCGUUUAUGCUGGACGUGCUGUUUCCGUUGAUCACCGAGGCCGACAACGUUUCGACCGAAUUGUUGGACAUAAUUCUGAUCAACAUCGUCGAACCGAAUAAAUCUCAACGGAAGAACGCUUAUCAAUUGGCGAAGGAACUCAUCAAGAAGACUCAUGACACACUGGAGCAAUACAUCGUUCUGUUUUUCAACCAAGUCCUAAUCAUCGAUGAAGUGGACACCACCUAUGCCAUUUCGUCGAAGAUCUACGAUCUAAUUUAUGAACUGAACGUGAUAUGUCCGCGCUUAUUACUUUCCGUGUUACCUCAGCUCGAGUGUAAACUUAAAUCUGGUCAAGAGAGCGAAAGAUUGAAGGCAGUAUCACUGCUUGCCCGAAUGUUUUCCGAAAAGGAUUCCGUGCUAGCAAAACAACACGUCCCGCUGUGGCGCCAAUUUAUAUCCCGUUUCUGCGACAUCGCCGUAUCAAUACGAACCAAAUGCGUCCAGAGUAGCAUGCACUUUCUGCUGAAUCAUCCGCAUCUGCGCAAAGAAGUCAUUGACACGCUGAAAUUCCGUCAGCAUGAUGCCGACGAAAACGUUCGCUACGAAGUGGUGAUGGCAAUCGUUGAAACGGCCAAGCGUGACAUCAAAAUCGUAUCGGAGAGCGAGGAGUUACUGAACUAUGUGAAGGAGCGCACGUUGGAUAAAAAAUACAAAAUUCGAAAGGAGGCUAUGAAUGGUUUGGCUUUGAUUUACAAACAAUAUUCGAGUGAUUCGGUUGCUCCGGACGCGACACGGAAUGCGGUCAAUUGGAUCAAGGACAAAAUUCUGCACGGUUACUAUAUGACAAAUAUCGAGGACCGGAUACUGGUUGAACGACUACUUAUUACCUGCUUGGUUCCAUAUCAACUGCCAGCUUUGGAGCGAAUGAAAAAACUCUAUCGCCUGUUAGGUACCAUCGAUGAUAACGCCACCAAAGCGUUUAUUGAACUGCAAAAGAAUCAACUGAAAGUUAGGAAAAGCGUCUCCGAUUGGAUCAAAUUGCAUCGCAUUAAAGAUCCGAGUCCGUCCGUUCAGAAGGAUAUGACGGCGAAAUGCCAAGCUAUCACAAAACAUUUACCGGAUCCGAUUAAAGCGCAAGAAUUUCUGUUCAAAUUUUCGGAACAUUUGAAAAAGGAUCCCUCCCUACUGCAAGGCAUGGAGACGAUUCUGAAGCGAGAUGUUUCAUGCCGAGAAUGUGCAGAUGUUAUGGCAUCGAUUUUAAAGAAACUGGGACAUCCGAUCAUGACAAACCUCUACUACAACACAGUGAAAAUGUUGCUUGAACGAAUCGCUUCCGUAAUGGUCGAUCAACAGUCCCUGGAGUGUCUGGUCAAACUCAUCGAAGAGUGUAUGCAAGGUGGCGACAUCAUCGAAGAUGUCGGUCUUCAGCCGGAAGUGGCCGGUCAACGUGGACUGAAAAUGUUAACCGUUUUGUCGUACGUUUUUUCCGCCCACUUCCAACACAAUGGCAUUCUGCGACAUCUCAUUACGCUGCUGAGUUUCGACGAAGAAUACGUCGCCCCGUACAUCCUGAAAGUGUUCACGUAUCUCGGCCGUUUCAAGCCACUGGCCAUCGAAAAUCAAGACGUACUCGACGAACUGGCACCGAUUUGUAAAGACUUUGCGAUUUCUGGCAAUCCGAAACAGGCGAAACAUGCCAUCCGCUGCAUGUUCGUUAACACUGACGUUCACGACAGCCACGGUUCGAUUGACGUUUUUGCGGACAUCGUGGAAACGCUGAAAACCACAUUACAUCCCGAGCACCCGAAUUACCGUACCGGUAUCGUAGCACUCGGUCACAUUGCCUACAAUCUUCCCGACAAAUUCCAAGUUCAAAUCAAGAAUUUAAUUUCACGCAAAAUUGUCAAAGAGUUGCUGGUCAAGGACACAUCCACGAGUGAAAAAUCAUUGCCAUCGGACGAGCCGUGGUGCUCGGAAGAGGAACUGCCCGAAGAAACACUGUGCAAGGUGGAAGGAUUGAAAACAAUGGCCCGUUGGUUGUUGGGAUUGAAACAGGACGUUCUGUCGGCACAAAAGACAUUCCGCAUGUUGAAUGCAUUCAUCAAACAGCGUGGCGACUUACUGGAAUCGGGCAAUCUAUCACCCGCCGAAAUGUCAUGGCUUCGCUUGAGUGCGGGUACCGCAAUGUUACGAAUUUGUGAACAAAAAGGUGUCGGCGAUCAGUUCACGCAUGAACAGUUUUACACGUUGUCCCAGUUAAUGAUCGAUCCCGUUCCUGAAGUACGAGAAGCGUUCGCAAGGAAAUUGCACAAAGGACUCAGCAAAGGGAUACCUCACAAGUGUCUGCCACUUGACUUCAUGGGCUAUUACGCUUUAGGCGGCAGGGAAACGGAUCGUCGGCUGUUCCAAUUGAUUAAAACUUACAUAGAAACAGAUGUCAACCGACGACGCGAAUAUGUAAAGAAUGUCGCUACCGGUGAGUAUACAUUCCACAUAAAUCCGAUGCUCUCCGGUGCUAACGAAAAUUAUGUUUGGUCAACAGUGGAAAAGGCAAUGAGCCAACUGCCACACAUUCUGUCCGAUUACAUGCUAGUGUUCGCUGUACCAGUGCUAACCCACGAUCCGAAUUUCACAAACUACGAGGAUCCCGUCCAAUUGAAACAAUUGGAAAAGUGUCUGUGGCUCAUCCUCGAACCGUUGAUAUCGAAUAAGGAAUUCUUUUGCUUCGGAUUCUACAAAAAUCUCAUCGAUCGCAUGAAACACCACAAGGACAGCUACAAAUCGGAUGACGAUGCGACGAAUUGCAAAAUGUGGGCUAUCUGUGACAUUGCAAUGCACGUCAUCUACACCAAAUCGACCAACUAUGACACCAGAGAUUUCCCAUUGGACGCUCGAAUACCAAAUAUGUAUUUCCAGGCACAACCCGAUUCGUUCAAAAAUAAUAAGCUUUAUGUGCCGCCUGAUAUGUACACAGCCACGGCAACCAGUAAAAAGAUGGGCAUCGUUCUACCAGUAGCCAGGAAUGCUCGAAAACUUCAAUCAAAACUUGAUUUAGAUGACGGCAACAAUUUACAAACAACAUCUAAAAAUGCUCAAAACGAUGAUCAGGAUGAUGGCGACGACACAACCAUUGAACCAUUGCCGAAACGGCUACGGAGCAAUUCCGACGAUGACGAAUAACAUCAAUGCUACACACUGACUCGAAAGAACCAAUUUCGUUUUCGUAUGAACAGCUUGAAAUGAGUUUGUCUCACCGGAAAAAAAGCGUUCGGUGAUUUUUCCCGUGUCUGCGAAAGGCCAAACAAUUGUACAUUUAGACAGCGCAUCAUUUUGAAUGUUUCCCUUUUCUCUUCAACAUUUUUUCUUUGGUUUUUUUGUACUGUUAGGACUUUUGUGCUGUUCGCAAACACAACGGAAAAUGACCGAAUUUGGAUUCAGUUUUCAGUUUUUAUUGGUUGAAACAUUUACAUUGUAACCACAGUUUGUAUGUAUUAUGGAUUGCGAUUUAUGAGCCACAAACUCAUCCUUUAUGUUUAAAUAAUAAAUUGGAUAAGAGAUA